AAAUUUUGUUCUACGGAAAUAAGUUUCUAGUAAAGAUCUAUAUACGUACAAAAUUUCAGCUUUCUAUGACGGACGGACGGACGGACAGACAGAGUGAAACUAAUACGCACUUUUUUUCAAAAUUUUUUUGGAAAAGUGCUAAAAAGGAAAAAAAAGAAAAAUUUUAAUAUGAAAACACCAAGAAACAUUGUAAGCAUGUUGGCGCCAUCUAAAUUUGAUCAACCGACGGAAAUCAACAACGCUACCACUACCAGCAAGAGCACAGUGAUUGCACCCACACGUUCGAGACCAAGCACCCGGAGCUGACCCUAACAUUAGGCCGAAUGAGGUAUAUAGCGUACCUCCUUCAACGAUUUACAAUUAUAUUAACUAUUCAUGGAAAAAUACAUCAUUACAAUUGUUUCUAAAUCUCCAACAUGAUAUUUCAAACAUCGACGAGUGAAAAGAUUUACAUUAUUAUGAAUUUUGUCUGUAGUAUUUUACAAAUAACUAAUACUAACAUUUUUAUUGAGAUAUGUUAAAAAAGAACAAGAUGAUUUUUGAAAGUUAAAAAAUACUUGGAAUUAUAAAUAGUCUAUUGAAUAUAAUUGCUUAAUUAGAGCUAAAAGUUUGUUAAAAUUUUGAUUUAUCAAGAAAUAAUAUGAUACGAAGAAUUACACUAUUUGAAGGAUGUUUGAAUUUGUUGGAAUACGCAUAUUCGUUGAGUUUUAAUAUAAAACAUUUACAGGAUUCAUUUACCAUAUUGUCCAAUUCAGGGAUAAUGGAUUUUUGUAUUAAAAGUUUUUGUUGUCAAAUCAAACUUUUCAAUCAACUCAAUAAUGAGAGAUUCCAAAGAGAUCAUCAAAUAACUAAGUGCAAAAACAAUGUUGGUCUAUACAUUUUUCUCAGUAUUUUAGUAUUUUUAAACAAUAUUGUAAUAGUUUCAUGCUUAUGCCCACAACUAUGUGAAUGUAAAUGGAAAUAUGGUAAGGAAUCAGUUAUGUGUGUCAACGCAAAUGUAUCUAGUAUACCAAAUAGUAUAGAUUCAGGUACACAAAUUCUUGAUUUAAGUGGAAAUUUAAUUAUUCACAUAAGAAACGAUAUAUUUGCAAAUUUAGAAUUAUUAAAUUUACAAAAAUUAAUAAUAUCCAAAUGCCGACUAAAAUUUAUUGAACGGUAUGCAUUUCGAGAAUUAAAUAAUUUGGUUGAGCUAGAUUUAAGUUAUAAUCGUUUGUCGCUUAUACCAUCUCAUACAUUUAAUUUUAUACCAGAAUUGAGAGAAAUUCGCUUAAGUGGAAAUCCAAUUAGCAAAAUAAUCAAUGAUGCUUUUUCUCGAAUACCAAAGUUGACGAGAAUUGAAUUGUCCUAUUGUAAUAUAUCAAUAAUUGAACCAAGAGCCUUUGAAGGAAUUGAGCAUACUUUGGAGUGGUUAAAAUUAGAUGGAAAUAAAUUAGUUCAAGUAAUACCGGGAAGCUUUACAAGGUUACAAAAUUUACAUGGUCUUGAAUUAGCUCAAAAUUUAUGGAAUUGUUCAUGUAUAUUAAGACCUUUGCGAUUUUGGAUGAUGCGAGAAAAAAUACCAUACAGUGUCCCACCAACUUGUGACGCUCCACAUCGAUUAUUUAAUAAGUCAUGGGAUAAAAUUGAUUUGGAUGAUUUUGCUUGUGUACCUGUCAUUGUACCGAAUCAAAUUACUGUAUACGGAGUUGAAGGAAAAAAUAUUUCGUUAAGCUGUUCUGUUCAAGAUGAUGGAGAAACUAAUAUUCGUUGGACUUUGAAGGAUCGUUUAAUUGCUAAUCUCACUUAUACAAAUUUUAAUACUUUAGAAAUAAUCAACAACAAUAGCUCAUCUGCUGAUUUUUUAACUUCAAUCAAUCGUGGUCGUAAAACUUUUCGGAUAAGUUUGGUAAAAAGCAUAUCAAGAUUAUUCAUUUCCAUUGUUGAACAACGAGAUGCUGGAAUUUACAAAUGUGUUGCUGAAAACAAAGCUGGUUGGGCUGAAGCGCAUAUAACACUAAUUGUUUCUCGUAAAUUUCUAUAUUCAUCUAUUUGGAAAAAUAUUUUAGUAUUAUGUUUGUUCAUAGUCUCUGUACUAAUGGCACUUUUAUCAUUGAUUAGUUUAUGGAAAUUUUCAUUUAGAGAUAAAAAAAAGCAUAUUUAUUUGUGGAACAACAUUUCAAGAUCUAACAGUUACGAGAAAAUUGAGAUGGGCCAAAGUAGUAACAAUGAAAUUUGUGAUAAUACAAGUCAAAAAAGUAUCUGCAAUCAUUUGGGUGAAAAUAAAACUUCAAACAGCUUUAAGGAAAUUAAUUCAAAAACAACUGAAUUGGAAAUAAACCUGGGAGACUAUAUAUACCAAAAAAAAAAACAACAAAGUGAAGUUGAUAACAGAACUACUGUUAAAAAAAGUUUUUCUAUUGCAGUAGAUAUUGAUAACGUUUCUUCUUUUGGAAAAGAAAAUGUCGGAGGUAUAUUAUGCAGUUCAAUGAAUUCAUAUAUGCCUUGGUCAACCUUGGCAAAUAGGGCGACUCCAGAUUCUUUUAAACAUGAUGCGAAGCAAAUAAAAAUUAACCCACCUUCAAGCACGUGUCAAACUUCAGAAGAAUAUUUUUCCAAUUUAGAACGAAUUUGUGCUGAUAGCAACUCUAAUGCAAUUUUUACAUUACCAAGAAAUUCUAAAAGUUUUUCGAAAAGUUGCCUUUACUCUUUUAGUAGCCAAUCAUAUCUUUUGCAAGAUAAUCAUAGUCAGUUUGAUCUAACCACUUCAUUAGAAAAAUUAAGGCGCUUUUCAGCUGAAUCGACGUGUUUACGAAAAACGGGAAAUAUCCGUGGCAAACGCUCAAAUAGUAGUUUAAGUUUAUUGAAGGCAAAUAGUGAAAUAUUUAAGAGUACAACAGCGCUAUCUCUUUCAAGCUUUAAUGAUUUGAAUCUUAUUUACAUGCAGUCUAAAGAAGGAACAAGUAAAAAAACUCGUACCCCAGAACGAGAAACGCCAUUACUUGACUUUUCUUCAUAUGCGCCACGAAAUAAAAAUAUUAUUUGUCAUGCGUCUGAAACUUCUUUGAAUGAUUUUCAUACAACACAAAUUGAACGUUUUUUGGAAGAAUAUCGCAAUUUACAAGAGCAAUUAUGCAAAAUGAAGGAAGCAUGCGAAGAAAUUUGCCAAAAAGAAUCUACAUGGAAAAACUUUCAAACUUCAAAUUGUAACUUUAAUGAAGUGAUGUUUGAUAGCACGCCUUCUGAAAAAAUUUUACGAAUAUCAAAUGAAAAGUGUGGCGAACCGUCAUUGAUUUUCACAACAGCCGAUCCACCACCAUAUUGGAUGCACCAAAAUUUAAAAAUUAAUAAACUAAAUAAUGCAGGGUUUAAAAUUUAUAAAAGUUAACCGGAAUCUGUUGGAUUUGCAUAAAAAAAUGCAAAUGGCGACUCCAGAUUCUUUUAAACAUGAUGCGAAGCAAAUAAAAAUUAACCCACCUUCAAGCACGUGUCAAACUUCAGAAGAAUAUUUUUCCAAUUUAGAACGAAUUUGUGCUGAUAGAAACUCUAAUGCAAUUUUUACAUUACCAAGAAAUUCUAAAAGUUUUUCGAAAAGUUGCCUUUACUCUUUUAGUAGCCAAUCAUAUCUUUUGCAAGAUAAUCAUAGUCAGUUUGAUCUAACCACUUCAUUAGAAAAAUUAAGGCGCUUUUCAGCUGAAUCGACGUGUUUACGAAAAACGGGAAAUAUCCGUGGCAAACGCUCAAAUAGUAGUUUAAGUUUAUUGAAGGCAAAUAGUGAAAUAUUUAAGAGUACAACAGCGCUAUCUCUUUCAAGCUUUAAUGAUUUGAAUCUUAUUUACAUGCAGUCUAAAGAAGGAACAAGUAAAAAAACUCGUACCCCAGAACGAGAAACGCCAUUACUUGACUUUUCUUCAUAUGCGCCACGAAAUAAAAAUAUUAUUUGUCAUGCGUCUGAAACUUCUUUGAAUGAUUUUCAUACAACACAAAUUGAACGUUUUUUGGAAGAAUAUCGCAAUUUACAAGAGCAAUUAUGCAAAAUGAAGGAAGCAUGCGAAGAAAUUUGCCAAAAAGAAUCUACAUGGAAAAACUUUCAAACUUCAAAUUGUAACUUUAAUGAAGUGAUGUUUGAUAGCACGCCUUCUGAAAAAAUUUUACGAAUAUCAAAUGAAAAGUGUGGCGAACCGUCAUUGAUUUUCACAACAGCCGAUCCACCACCAUAUUGGAUGCACCAAAAUUUAAAAAUUAAUAAACUAAAUAAUGCAGGGUUUAAAAUUUAUAAAAGUUAACCGGAAUCUGUUGGAUUUGCAUAAAAAAAUGCAAAUGUAAAAUGAUUUUAUUAUAAACAUGGUUGAUGAAAUGAUCAAAUCAAUUAAUUCAGUUUUUAAAAAAUUUUCUUUGUUAUAUUUAUAUGAAAUACUAAGAAUAAGAGUUACUUAAUACAAAACGUUUUAGCUGACCAAUUUUAUAACUUAAUUAGUUUAAUAAAUUGUUUUCUUCAAGGAGUUUA